GGCCUCCCGCUGGCUGCCGCGGUCCCUGCGCCUGCCACUAGCUCCGCAGAGGCUGGAGCCCGGUGCCGCGGGCUGGAGGCGCCUGAUGAUGUGCGGCUGGGGGCUGUUCUUGCUGUGGGGGCUGCUCCCCGGGGCGAUGGCGGAGGGCUCGGGCCGGACCUUCCCGCACCGCACGGUGCUCGACUCGGAGGGCAAAUACUGGCUGGGCUGGGGCCAGAGGGGCAACCGGCUAGCCUUCAGCCUCGAGGUGCGCACCGCCGGCUACGUGGGCUUCGGCUUCUCACCCACUGGGGCCAUGGCCUCAGCCGACAUCGUCGUGGGUGGGGUGGCCCACGGGCGGCCCUACCUCCAGGAUUAUUUUACAAAUGCAAAUAGAGAGUUGAAAAAAGAUACUCAGCAAGAUUACCAUCUAGAAUAUGCCAUGGAAAACGGUACACACACAAUCAUUGAAUUUACCAGAGACCUGCAUACGUGCGACGCAAAUGACAAGAGGAUCACGGAUAGCACUGUAAGAGUGAUCUGGGCCUACCACCAGGAGGAUGUGGGAGAAGCUGGCCCCAAGUACCACGACUCCAAUCGGGGCACCAAGAGCCUGAGGUUACUGAACCCUGAGAAAACCAACGUGCUAUCUGCAGCCUUACCAUCCUUUGACCUAGUAAAUCAGAAUGUCCCCAUCCCAAACAAAGAUACAACAUAUUGGUGCCAAAUGUUUAAGAUUCCUGCAUUCCAAGAAAAGCAUCAUGUAAUAAAGAUUGAGCCGGUGAUACAGAGGGGCCACGAGAGUCUGGUCCACCACAUCCUGCUCUAUCAGUGCAGCAGCAACUUCAACGACAGCGUUCUAGACUCUGGCCAUGAGUGCUACCACCCUAACAUGCCCGAUGCGUUCCUCACCUGUGAGACUGUGAUUUUUGCCUGGGCCAUUGGUGGAGAGGGUUUUUCCUAUCCACCUCAUGUUGGAUUAUCCCUUGGCACCCCGUUAGAUCCACACUAUGUGCUCUUGGAGGUCCAUUACGACAAUCCGACAUACGAGGAAGGCUUAAUAGAUAAUUCUGGGCUGAGGUUAUUUCACACAACGGAUAUAAGGACAUACGAUGCUGGGGUGAUUGAGGCUGGCCUCUGGGUUAGCCUCUUUCAUACCAUUCCCCCAGGGAUGCCUGAGUUCCGGUCUGAGGGUCACUGCACUCUGGAAUGCCUAGAAGAGGCUCUGAAAGCCGAGAAGCCCAGUGGAAUCCACGUGUUUGCUGUUCUGCUCCACGCUCACCUGGCUGGCAGAGGCAUCAGGCUGCGUCAUUUUCGAAAAGGGAAGGAAAUGAAAUUACUUGCCUAUGAUGACAGUUUUGACUUCAAUUUCCAGGAGUUUCAGUAUCUAAAGGAAGAACAAACAAUCUUACCAGGAGAUAGCCUAAUCACUGAGUGUCGCUACAACACAAAAGAUAGAGCCGAGAUGACUUGGGGAGGACUCAGCACCAGGAGUGAAAUGUGUCUCUCAUACCUUCUUUAUUAUCCAAGAAUUAAUCUUACUCGAUGUGCAAGUAUUCCAGACAUUAUGGAACAACUUCAGUUCAUUGGUGUUAAGGAGAUCUACAGACCAGUCACGACUUGGCCUUUCAUUAUCAAAAGCCCCAAGCAGUAUAAAAACCUUUCUUUCAUGGAUGCAAUGAAUAAGUUUAAAUGGAAUAAAAAGGAAGGCCUUUCCUUUAACAAGCUGGUUCUUAGCCUGCCGGUGAAUGUGAGAUGUUCCAAGACAGACAACGGAGAGUGGUCGAUUCAGGGGAUGACAGCGCUCCCUCCGGACGCAGAGCGGCCCUACCGAGCGGAGCCUGCGGCCUGCGACGCGUCCUCGUCCUCCGCCCCGCACUGCGCCACCGCCCUCCGGCUGCUGCUGGGCCUGACCCUCCUCAGCGGCGCGCUGAGCACUGAGUGCUCGUGAUUAAAGUCCUGUCGCCCUGGUGACCUGAUUUCUGUGAUCUGAACCUGUCGUUGAAGGUACAGGAUGAAAACCUUGCCACUUGGAGCACGAAGAGAUGCCCACAAAGAGCGUGCAGACUUUUCUCCCUAUUUCCCCUCCUCUCUCCUUCCCGGUCUGCCCGAGAGAAGCUCAUCCCGUCCAGGUCGCUUUUUUCCUUUAGAAAUGUACAUGCAGAUGGCUGAUAAAAUAAAACUGGCCUGACUUACACAACAUAACCAUUUGAAAACAUCGGACAGUCACAUGGAAAUAUAUGAAUUCUUUAUUUCCUUCCACAUUCCAUUUUAUUACAAUACUCACUGUUGCUAUUUCUCUUUUUGGAUGUGACUUUCAUGUUUUGAAACAUGCCUUUCUUUUGAAAAUAUAAAAGGAACUACUCUCCGUUCUCUUUUUCUUUCUUGUUCUUUGAGUGUGACCUCCCAUGUGGAGCAACAGCUCUUCUCUCUUCACACUAGUCGGCUCUGGUACCCCCGGUCUGUGGGUACCCCUGGACUAACACACGCCCAUCUCAAAUUACUUUUCUCUCACCUUCCUUUUUCAGUGCUGGCCAGUUGGGUUUUUCUCUUGAGCUCUGCCACUAUUUGAAAAGAAAGAAGCUAUAGGAAACACAGAAACGGUACGUAGCUGAGGAGAAAAUGAAAACCCAGUGCUGUGAGGGGAACAUCAUGAGGCCCCAAGUUCAAGACAGUCAGCGCUGGAGGGUAGGAGAUCUGUGCAGUCCCUCACUGAGGUGCUGGGUGACGCCUGGGGGCAUACUGGCUCCAUGUGAGUCACCGUUGUGGUUGUAGGUUUAUUUUUAUAUUAGUUACAAUGCUAAUUUUCUAUAUAAAAUUAUUAUCAAUAGAAAAAUCUCUUGAUGCUUUAGGUUCUCUUUCUAUAGGUCAGCCAAACCUUGUUUCUGUCCUGUUCUUGUUUCUUAAGGUAAAUGGGUUUGGAUCAUAUUAAUAAACUAAACGAAAUGAAAUUUUUGUGCUGUAUCUUGUACACUUCUUAAGUUAAGUGAGUGAUUCAGUACUGGUGGUGUCAGUAAAAUCAGUUUAAGAAUGUUGCAAUUUUCCAUUCCAUUUUUAAGCUCUUUCUGCCCUGCAGUGUCUUCAACACAAAUUAUAUUGCCAUUUAAAUCAAUGUUUUGGAGUGUUUCUUUCUUGAUUCUUAGAAUUUUUCCAUUUGAUGAGAUGUUUGCAAUAUUUAUGAGGCAUAUUUUAAAGUUAACUUCUUUGUAGUUUAUAAGUGCUAUAUCAGAUUCUAUGAUUUUCCAUUCAAAUAUUUGUAUGAGAAAUAUGGUAAUCCCAAGUGCUCUCUAUUUGUAAUUUCAUGUUUAUUUUUACUACAGAAUUUCUGAAUCUGAGGUGUCUCAGAAUCCAAUGAUUUCCUUUGUAAAUUCUGUAAUGUCAACUUCACUUUUAUUGUUCUUCAGUGAGGAAGGUGAACAUACAAAUGAAACCUGCAUUUGUGGGGCCAGUCAAGGAAAUCUGUUUUUCCAUUAGUGUUAUUAGGAAGAAAGUUGAUGUUCUUCUCCAGAAAUUCUCAUAAAUAUAUGUGGUUUUGAGGAAUUGACCCAUUAUUUUAAAUUAAAAUGGCCAUCUGCUGCAAUUCUGUAGAAUUCAGAUUGUAUUCUGCGUUAUGUACUCUUAUGUUGAGCAGAACUUUCUGAACAGCCCAAGAUUUUUAUUAAUUCCUUUUCAUAGAAGCUUUUUCUUACUGCCCUGGAUCAAAUCACAUUACCUGAAUCUUAAGCUAUCAGGGCCUGAGACUGAGCAAGUAGGAAGUUUCCAUGUACGAUGGUCCCUUGUUUGAUCCUUAGGUGUGCUGGGGCAGGAGUGGGGGCUGCUGGACAUUCUAGGUAAAGCCAGUAUUCAUCAAGGUCAUCUGAGGAUGCUUAUUAUUGCGCAUAAAGGCCAUUUCCAGUUUUUAAUACAAUAAAUAUUUUUGAUUAACAGUUUUUUUAGUCAACACUUUCUCAAAUCUCUAAGGUUUCCUGGGUGAUUAUUUCUUUUCUGAAGGGUGCUGAGGCAGGAUCAAAGGAGUCUCAGCAGUGAUAAAAGUGAUACAGCCAGCAGAAGCAGACAUACUAAGAUCUGUGAACUUUGUCUUAAUGGCUACAGAGGCCAGUGAGGCCAGUGAUGGGUGGCAAACAAGAGGACACUUGGAAUCAGUAUAUAAUUGCAUCACAUAUAUUUUACUCAAUCAAACUCUUAUUAUUGGGCAUAAAGGUCAUUUCCAGUUUUUAAUAUGAUAAAUGUUAUUGAUUACAGUUUUCUAGUUAAAACUUUCUCAAAUCUCUAAGUAUUUUCUUAUAAUCAAGUUACAAUGUGAAAAUACAGAAAUAAUCAGUGCAUAUUUUCAAGAAUUUUGAUGAAUAUUGCCGGAUGUCUUCAUUAUUCUUAAAUGGUUCAGAAAAAAAUCUACUAUCUAUCAUCUAUCAAUUAUCUGUCUAUCCAUCAUCCAUCAAUUAUCUCUCUCUCUCCUAGCUGUCAUAGUCUACCUAUAGACAGGGUGGUAAUUCAAAUAUAGUAAAUAAUAAUUGGCAAGACUUAAUAGAGGAGAUAAAAUUUCUUUGUACCAUUUUUGCAACUUUGAAAGUUUAAAAUUCUUUCAGAAUAAAAAGCUACUAACGUAAACCACACAAUAAGGCUCCAGCUAGAGUAAAGUGAUCCACAUCAAUUUCUUCUGUUUUUGGUACUCGCCCAUUUUCAGGUAGCAAGGAGAGAAGCUGGGUUGUGAUUACUCCCCAGCUGGAAGAGGGGAGGAAUGAUUGGCAGUUUGCCAGCUCUGACUGAGGACGGGGUGUGUUCCCAGUUUGGAGGUCCAAAACAAGCAAAGGGCUUGGAGUGAGGAAGGAUACUAAAAACAAAAACAAAACAGACCCAAAAAAACCUUGCAAAAAUAAAAAAGGAAAAAAGAGAACUUGCAGACUGGGGAUCAUGAAAAAAUGCAUAGAAUUUAUAUUGUUUUCCCUCUAAUUAUAAACCUAACCUAUAAUAAUGCCUACUUGCUGAAGAAAAGUCAGAAAAUAUAAUAAUUAAAAUAAAAUUCUGUCAGUCACUCAGAGAAUACCACACUUUCAAUGUUCUGGUGCUUUUGGCAUGUGUCUAUGAUGGUAUAUAUUUGUAUGUAUCAUGUACGGAUGGGGAUAGGAAUGUUAGAUGAUGCUACUAGCUUGGAAAUGAAUUCCAAAAUAUCAGUGGUUUAACACAA